GAGGUAAGGAGGUUAGCCGUCGUGCUCACUGCCCGACCGAACCAAAAAUCGGAGGCUUUGAGACUUGAGACAGCGACCCCGGCGCUUCCUCGGCCUCGGGCCGCGUCUCCAUGGUCGACUUGACCUCUUCUUCCUCUUCCUCCUCCUCCUCCGCUUACUCCAAUCCUUCUCUCCUCCCGCGACGCCGCUGCCCACUCACCAUAGCCCCGACCUCCGCAGCCACCUGACGCGCGCUCGCUCGCUUCUUGGUGGUGUUCGGUUUGGCGCUGCUGCUGCUGCUAUGCCGAGAACGGCGGCGGGGGUGGACGUGGAGGACCUCCUCGUCCGCGUCAAGAACGGCGCCGACGCCGAGCUCGCCGAGGUGGCGCGGGAGGUGGCGGCGCUCGCGGAGCAGGGGAGGCUCGGGGAGGACGACGACGAGGACGGGGUCCUGGUGCCGGCGCUGCUCGCGCGGCUCGCCGCCGCCGGGGGCGCGGAGGCCAGGGUCCGCGUCAUGGCCGCGCUGCGGCGGCUCGCGCGCUGCGUUGGCUGCGAGAGCAAGGAGAGGUUAGCAAGCAUCGAGGCACUUUCAAGCAUUGUUCGUUCCUUGUCUAGAGAUGUUGACGAGACAAGGGAAGCAAUUGCAUUGCUAUUGGAUUUGUCAGACAUCCCGCAAGUUCGGCAGAGGAUUGGCAGGAUUAAAGGCAGUAUAGUAAUGCUAGUCACAUUAAGAAAUGCACAUGAACCAGGUACCCAUGAUGAUGCAGAGAAAUUGCUGCACAUGUUGUCAUCCAAUCCGCAAAAUGUGCUCCUGAUGGCCGAGGCUGGUUAUUUUCGACCAUUGAUACAUUACCUGAAAGAAGGUUCUGAUAUGAACAAGAUCCUAAUGGCAACUGCUAUUUCUAAAAUGUUCCUCUCUGAGCCGAUGAAAUCUUCCCUUGGAGAAGAUGGUGCAGUUGAGCCUCUAGUGGAAAUGUUUAAAUCCGGAAAUCUUGAAGCCAAGCACUCGGCCCUAGGUGCCUUACUUAAUCUCUCUAGCUCUCUACAAAAUGCAGAAAUUUUGAUAAAUUCUGGCAUAACAGGACCACUGCUCCAACUUCUAUUCUCUGUCACGUCAGUGUUAAUGACCCUUAGAGAGCCAGCCUCAGCUAUACUUGCAGCUAUUGCACAAUCUGAGCGUAUCCUGCUUCAUAAGGAUGUAGCUCCUCAAAUGCUCUCGCUUCUUAACUUAUCGAGUCCAGUAAUUCAACUUCACCUCCUAAGGGCCCUAAAUAGUAUUUCUGGGCACACAAAUGCUAAAAGAGCUAGAGCUAAAAUUAGACAAAAUGGUGGAGUGCAACUCCUCCUGCCCUUCCUGACAGAAAAGAAUAUUGAUAUCAAAAUUGCUGCUUUGAAUUUUAUUUCCAAUCUGUCAAAAGAUGCUUCACAGGAAUUAGCUGAGCAGAUUAGGGAUACCCACCUUAAUAUUUUCGUGAAGAUUAUCUCUUCACCUACAUCUGGAAAUGAGAAGGCUGCAGCUAUUGGUAUCCUAAGCAACCUCCCAGUGACAGACAAGAAGAUUACUGAGUUACUCACUGAAGCAAACUUGCUUCCUCUCCUGAUAUCCUUACUUGAGAUAAACAUCACAGCGCCAUUGACACCAUUGAGAACGUCUUUACUUGAGGGCAUUGCUGGCGUGUUAAUUCGGUUCACAGUCCCUUGGGAUAAAAAAUUACAAAGUUUAGCAGUUGGACAUGGGGUGGUUCCUUGCCUUGUUAAGUUGCUUUCGGAAGGAUCAAUAAAAGCCAAGUCUAAAGCAGCAACAUCCUUGGCUCAACUGUCACAGAAUUCACUAGCAUUACGUAAGACAAAAUUGCCAAGGUGGCUUUGUGUUGCCCCAUCAGCUGAAACUUACUGUUUAGUUCACAACUCCCAGUGCACUGUCAAAAGCACUUUCUGCUUAGUGAAAGCUGGUGCUGUCAGUCCUCUGAUCCAAAUCUUAGAAGAUGACAAUCGUGAAGCAGAUGGUGCAGUAUUGGAAGCACUAGCUACCCUUAUGCAGGAUGAGAUUUGGGAAAACGGGAGCAAGGUGAUAGAAAAGGCAUCAGGUGUUCAUGCUCUGCUGAGAAUUGCUGAGGCAGGAAACUCAACUUCCCAGGAGAAGGCGAUAUGGAUGCUUGAGAGGAUCUUCCGGCUUGAAGCCCACAGAGAGCGUUAUGGUGAAAUCGCACAAGCUUUGCUCAUUGAUCUUGCUCAGAAAGGAGAUCCUAUCCUGAAACCAAUGAUUGGAAAGAUACUUGCUCACCUUGAGCUACUUCAAACACAAUCGAGCUACUUUUAAGCAUGUUUGGGGUGCAACUGUCCAUGCUGAAACUAGCAAAAUGGCAUGUGUAACUGGCCUUUUGCAAGUUAUGCUGCGCAAUGCAUGUUGAGCAUACGCUUGAAUGAUGUCUGAUCCAGGUUUGCCAGGCAGUGAUCUUCUCCACCAAAUGUUACUGUGGACCAAUUUGAAGAAUGUUUCAACUGUGACAUUGUACCUCCGGAAGAAGUGAUUUUGUGGGGUUACAGACUUCCAGUUGUGGCUGUACAAAUAGCAAUCUAGCAGAGCAAAGGGUGAUUGUGCAUCGUGGACAGCAAUCUUGUGUUGGUCUGUCAUUUUUGUUAGUUCGUGGAUUAUAUAGUGUUUAAAGGAGAUAGAUUGCAAGUUGUAUAGUUAGUCAUGUGCCAUUUCUUCUUUUGUGUAUAAAAUGGUGAUAUGAAUCAAAAAGAAAAAAAAAAAACAGUGAUAUAUACUAGUACAAUUGUUUUGUACAGCGAACUUGUUCAACAUAGCAAUAGAUGAAGAUCAUUCUUUUUGAGAAAUGAUUCAUGGUUUUUUUUACUUGUCAGCGUGCUGGGUCUCCAAUGUAUACCAUACCAGUAAGAUAAUAUUCCAGUUGACAUAUUUUUCACAGCAACCA